CAUCAGUGAUCGGCAACGAUGGAGAGAAACAUCGAGAAGAUGCUGAACAGAGUCUCGGUGGUGUUCAUAAUCAUCGGAACGUUGAUCAUGGUGAUAAUGAUUCUCCAGACGCCGGGAACGUGCAUCUCACCAGAAGCUCCCUCGAAGCCCCACACGCAUUUCCCGAGAUCCACCUGCGACUCCUCGCCGCGAAAGCAUCUCCCUUUACCCAAGAAGAACGCUCGCCUCUGGUCCUCCAAGGCUUGGACGUCGCGUCUCUCCUCCUUCUCCUCUUACUUCCUCCGAUUCCGCGAUCUCGGGCUGCUUCGCAACCACACCAAAGCUCUCUGCCUCUCCGCCGGCGCCGGCCACGCUCCGAUGGCGAUGAACCAGAUCGGGUUAUCUGACGUUACCGCCGUGGAGUUGGUGGAUUCGCUUCCUCUUGUGAGAAGAGCUGAUCCUCAUAACCUUCCUUUUUUCGACGGUGCGUUUGAUUUCGCGUUUACUGCGCAUCUUGACGAUGCUCUGUUUCCGUGGAGGGUCGUGGAGGAGAUGGAGAGGACGGUGAGGCGAGGCGGGUUUUGCGUGGUGGCGGUUGAUGAAUGCGGUGAAGGUGAUGUUAGGGAUGUUGCUAGACUUUUCUUGAAGUCUAAGCUCGUUGAUGUUGCUAAUGUGACCUUAGAAGGAUCUAAAAGGACUAGUGUACUACUCAAAGUUCAAGACUUUAAGACAUGACUCUGUUUUUGUCUUAUCAAUGUUUUGGUUUUUCAGAGGUUGUGCAUUAUAUCUAAUCCUUUUGUAUAUGACUGUGUUUAUCUUAUAUUACCUGCCUUCUACUGA